UGUUGACGGAGCUCGCGCGCUGUUUACAGGCAGGGGCCCCCGCUGUGAACGCGCGUCUGCGGACUCGCACUGAGCACUGAGCAAACUUAUCUGGAUGGAGAUCGUUUGUUACAUAACCAACUGGAAAUAAAGUCACUGGACUGAAUCGACACAUCAACGCUGGGGUUUUACUUUAGGGCCCCCCACUCAUUCUCUAUCGCAGCGAGUGACAGAGGGUGGGAUAAACAAAGCUCCUGUCACCUCUCUCUCUCACUCUCUCUCUCUCUCGAUGCCCAAACAGAGGCGGAGGUCUCUGAGAGAGGCGGUGUGCUCCCGGUCGUCUCCGGUUUGCGACGGAUCAGGGAGAGGAGGAGGAAGAGGAGGAGGAGGAGGACGCGCAGGAAACUUUUCAUCCACACAGAUUUGUGAUGAUCAAGCACAGAUGGCGGAACAGUACAGCGGGCAAGCAGGCGUUCUCUCGGACAGUCACCCGGGGAGAGGGUGCCAGGUGCCGCAGGUGACCAUCACGUCGGACGGGGACUCGCGGGAGAUCACUGAGGAGGAUCUGGAGGAGGAGGUGAACGGAAGACUGCGACGCAAACUCUCCAACUCCUCCAUCUCCUCUAAUGGCUCCUCUACGGCGUUUGACGAGUCGGAGGAUGACUUGCUCAGCGACAACGAGACCAAGAGCAAAGGCAUCGUGACUCUGGAGCAUUUGGGGGACUCGGUGGACUCAGCAGAGCAAACCAAUGCCUGGUGGAAACUAAAGACCAUUGUCAAGUGCCCUUUGGUGGCUUCACAACGAAGACGGCUGUCUUGGGUUCAGUUAGCAGGCCAUAAAGGCAGCUUUAAAGCAGGCGAUGAAGGCUCCAUACUGAAGAAGUUCUCUGAAAACGAGAAGCGCUGUUUCGAGAGGCUCAAAGAGGAUGCUUUACGUGGCUUUGUGCCCAGAUACUAUGGGUUAGUGGAGCGAGACGGAGAGCUUUUUCUCAAAAUGACCGACCUGUUGGCCAGCUUUGAUACACCCAACGUCAUGGACUGCAAGAUGGGAGUGAGGACGUAUCUGGAGGAUGAGCUGGUUCGAGCGCGGGUGAAGCCAAAGUUGCGGGAGGACUUGUAUAAUAAGAUGCUGGAGGUGGACAGCGGAGCUCCUACAGCAGAGGAGAGGCAGCAGAAGGCGGUUACUAAACCACGAUACAUGCAGUGGAGAGAAAGCCUGAGCUCCACUCACACUCUGGGUUUCCGCAUUGAGGGUAUCAAGAGAGGGGAAACCUGCAACACAGACUUCAAAAAGACCCGCUCAAAGGAAGACGUCACGCAGGUCUUUAAGGAUUUCAUCGAAGGCAAUAAAAACAUAAUUAACUCCUAUAUUACAAGACUUGGAGAGAUUAAACGAGCACUGAAGGCCUCCGAGUUCUUCAAGAAACAUGAGGUGAUUGGAAGUUCUCUUCUGUUCAUUCACGAUCACACAGAGAGAGCUGAAGUGUGGCUCAUUGAUUUCGGUAAGACCACAGCUCUUCCAGACGAACAGAACCUGGAUCACUACAGACCCUGGGAGGAGGGAAACCGAGAAGACGGAUACUUAUGGGGCCUUGACAACCUGCUGCAAACCCUGUCCUCGCUGGGAAAAAGAGAGUGACCUCCUCACUGCAGACUUUUCACUUACUGACAGAGCGACAGCAACCGCAAGCUGACAGACACUUGUAAUAGAGAGGCUACCAGUGAGAGAGUCUGGUAUUUUACAGUAUUAAGCUGUAAAAGCAUUUCACCACAAUCAUGGUAACAACCAAAAUGACUUCUUUCCUUAAAUUACAAAAAAAGAAAAUCGCUCAAAAACAAAUACAAAUUUAGGGCCAGAUUUACUAACCCGGAAUUAGCAUGAGACUGCAAUACUAAAAAAAAUCUGCAGUUAAUUAAAUACAAAUUAAGGAAGAAAAAUGGUGACUUCACUCAGAUAAGCUGUCAAUUAUGACAUCACAAGACAUUUUAAUACCAUCAAAUAACAAAUAUGACAUCAUUUUCAAUUAAAAACUAUUAUUUUAUGCAUUUUAAUGAAACUACAGCUGCAUUUUGGUGGCCUAAAAAUGCUAAUUCUUGAAAAAAAAAAACGUGUAUCUCAGUGUAAGUUUUUAAAAUCCAAUUUCUGUGAAAAAAAAAAAAACAUUUUAUAAAGACAGUGAGAUCAUGGACAAGUGGCUGGACUGACAUUCAUAAUAUACCAUCAUUAAAGGCGCAGUUUGAGACUUUCGCCGCUAGAGGGCGCCAAUCACAACAAACAAAGGCAUAGAUCGAUGACUCUGUGACUAAGUGUUGAAUCAUGGUAGUUGUGGUCUUCAUUACAUCCUACAGGACUCCUGCAUGUUUAUGGAUGAGCUGAAGUAUUAAACACUUAUGAUGGUAGCAUGAAGCAGAGUAAGACUGAAAGCCUUCAUAGCAAAAUGAGAGCAAUUGCUGAUGAGAAAGAAGCGCCACACAGAACGAAAGCAGCAGAGCUUUUAUUAUGCCACAGUCGAAGCUUCCGGUUCUUCUGCUCAUGAUCAACUGCAGAUGAAGCAGCACUGUUAUAUCAUACUAAAUACAUUUAAAGUUCUGAUCUAAUGCUGCUCGGUGCAGUCUUAAUAAAACACACAACAUAUUAAAGCAUCUAUGGUGGUCCCCUGUUUUCUAUAAGAACAAACAGCAUUAGCAUGACGACACAGGAUACGUUCUGUUUCCUAUUAAAAUCUCGAUGGAUUUGAACAUUCUUCGAAACAUCUGGGAUAAUGUAAGUACGUAAGUCAGCAAAAUAUAUAACAUUUUUCUAGUGUUUUUUUUUUUUAAUUAAACAUACAUUUUUGUGCCUUUUUGUGAAUUUGUAUCUACAGGGGCAGUUUUGACAGUUUUGUUAUUCAUAAACAAAGAAAAAGUAAACAUUUUUGUACAAUUUUCUUAUGCAAUCAAUUUAUGAGAAAAAAAAUAAUGUCAGCAAAUAAGCAGAAGAAAGUUUAGUGUCUUUUUUUACAGUGUACAUCAGUUUGAUAAAACCCUUUGAUCAAGAUAUUUGAAGCGUAGCCUAAUUUUUUUUGCAGUCCACCACCAGGGGGCGAUCAAAAUAAUUUGGCUUCAGUUUUCAAUAUGUGUGACACCCCCUUUAAAAAACAGUUGCACCUCUUUCCCAUGAUGAGCAACACAUCUCCCUUUAGCACAUGCGACUGUAUCUAUUUACUGCAUUGGAAUGUAGAAAUAAGGGAUACAUAUGGUGGCCGAGAGAGCUUAACGCGCUGCAAUUUAAGAACGCACAUGCAAUUGCAAAAAACACUAGCAAACUACGAAACAAUCUUCAUCAAUUUGACAGCACAGGUGUUCUCACAACACAAAAAAAUGUGCAGCAAUUGGUCACAACACAAACAUUAUUAAAUUGCUCUGCAUUUCUCACACAACACAAUGCAAACUCUAAUAAAACGUGCUGCAUUUCACGCAACACAGAAAUGUUUGAAGGAGACCCUAAAACGGGACCUGGUUAUGGAGGUUGUGGUUAUUUAGGCUGAUAAAUACCAGAGACAUGGGCAUCGGGUAAACAAACAAACAAACUCACCUUUCAAAGAUCUCCUACAACUUCAAUGGCGUCGGUUACGUUGGAUCCCCUUGAAAAAUUUCCAUUGUGUUCCCUUUUUAUAACGUUGUGAGCAAUGCAGCUCGUUUUAUCAAUGUUUGUGAUGUGAAAAUGCAGCUAAUUUUAUUAAUGUUUGUUUCAAGAGUUCACACUUAGAUAAUGCUUGACAAUUUUAGCAGGUUUGGCACGCUGUCCCAGGAGAGAACCCUGACCUCGGAGAUAGAUGAGCCCAAGGCUCCUGCCCGGUCAAUGAGCAUUAGGAGGGAUACGAGAUCAGGUAGUUCUCGGUAACUUCCCAAGAAUAGACCACUAACUGCGCCAGUGUGCACGUAUUAAGCUACGGUCACACUGGGCUUUGUGUGUGCAAAAUUCUGUCGUGCAGAGCUGCGAAAAGGGGCGGGAUUAAACAAGAUGAUUAGACAUUAAUAAAGCGAGCGAUUGCUCCAUGUUUUAAAUUUCUGUCCAGAGAGGUCUUGUUUUGAUCCUCAAUUGAUCUGACGCAGUCAAGUGAUGCGAUUUCGCAGGUCAAAGUUCACCAAGCUUGAACUUUGCACCGCAGCGAACUGCGAUACUUGACGCAUGACCCUGCGUUUUCGGUCUGACGCAUUCGUGUGCGUAUGAAUGGAAGUCUAUGGGAAGAAAAGUCAAGUGUGACCGCAGCUUUAGGUGCUUGUGACUUUAACUUGUGCUACAUGUCUUGAAGCUGCUGUCACACUAGUGGUUGUGUGUGCGAAAUUCUGUCAUACGGCGCUGUGAAAAGGGGCAGGAUUACACAAGAUGAUUAGACAUUAAAAAAAGCGAGCGAUUGAUCCAUGUUUUAAAUUUCUGUCCAGAGAGGUCGUGUUUUGAUCCUUGAUUGGUCUCACGCAGUCAAGCGAUGCGAUUUCGCAGGUCAGAGAGUUCACCAAGCUUGAACUUUGCACCGCAGCGAACUGCGAAACUUGACGCAUGACCCUGCGUUUCUGGUCUGACACAUUCGCGUGCGUAUGAAUGGAAGUCUAUGGGAGGAAAAGCCCAGUGUGACCGCAGCUUUAGACUGUGGGAGGAAACUAGAGUACCCGGGGAAAACUCACGCGAACACAGGGAAAACAUGUCGACUGGCUCAGCUAAGUUAUUGUUUGAACCAACAACCUUCUUGCUGUGGGGCCACCGUGUCACACGAGCUUACAAUUGAGGCAAAGGGAUGGAUAGGGGUCUUCCAAAUGAAGAUGAGGAAUGAAGCUUAGGCUGGAUAUUUAUGUUAAAUUUGGAAUGAUCCGAUUGGCUACUUAGUAGUUAGUGAUAGGGAUCAGCUGCAGUCAAUCCUAUCACGUGCUCCUCUCAAAAUGAGUUUGUGAAACUUUACGUUGUGAGAAUUGCAGUGUGUUUUAUUAAUGUUUGUGUGGUGUGAAAUGCAACGUGUUUUUUGUGUUUGCGUUAUGAGGAUUUGCAGCAGGUGUGCUGUCAAAUGAAUGAAGACUUGUUGUAAUUUACUGGUGUUUUUUGUGAUUGUAUGUGUUUUCUUAAAUUGCAGCACAUUAAGCUCUCUCGGUCACUGUAGAUACACCAGUUUUUAUGCUCAGUUGAGACAAAAUGUGUUUUGUUUAAAAGGAAACCCAUCAAGACCGACAUGUUUAGAUAUUAUUAUUAUUCUUAUUAUUAUUAUUAUUAUGUGUAUAUGUCUGUUCAAACAUGCACCCAAAACUCAGAGUGUCCACUCUCGCUUCGCCUCAAAUCGCAUGUACAGAAUCUAUUUUGGAAACAGUGUCUAUUUAUCAAUAUGGAGCGCGUCUGACAGUCACGCACCGCUACAUGAACUGACUGUUUUGAGGAUUGCAAAGAAGGGGCAAUGGUGCCUGUAAUGAAAAGGAAGGGAAUACCACUGCUUUUAUAUUUAUUAGGUGUUUUCAUGCAUAAAUAAAAUGAAAGCACAGGACAGAUUCACAUUUAAGAGCAAGAGGCAUCCCCUGGAGGUUCGGCGGUAUGGGUUGUGUAUAGGGAGGAUCGGCUCUUUGAUAUUUAUUGCCACACUUCAUAGAAAAAUGUAAAAUACAGGAGAAAUACAGUAAAAUACCUUUACGGGAUGAUAGCAGGAUAGAAUUGUAAAAUAUAGGAGGGUUGACACUUAUGGGGUUAAGACAUUUUACAUCCAAAAAAGCAAGUGAAUCAACUGCCAUUAAUAUAAACGCUCACCCCCUCAUAAAUUUUUUAUCAAAAAGAGAAACUUGUAUAAAUACAUAUGAAAUAAGGAUGUAUAAUAACGGUGCAAAUACUAGAACACGGGCUUGUGUCAUCGCAGGAUUCAUUUAAAGAGAAUUCGUUUCAGGAUUCGUUUCUUUAAAAUGAAAUGCAUCUACGGUAAGCUUAGCUGCAAAAAUCUCAGUCCAAACCUUUUUUUAUUACUAAUUUUUAGGGUUUGCACUAGCUCAAGUGAUUAGUAAAUCUGAUUAGUAAAUAUGGCCCUACCAGAUACCAGAACAUAACAUGAGGGCACAAUUUAUAACUCGUUUUAAGCACUUAAACAAGCCUUACGAUUAAAAAGGUUUAAAGAUAUUGAAACAAAUUCUGUCAAGCUUGUCCAUAUUUGGGGGGGCUGUUAGUUUGCAUUCUGGAAUCUAUCAAAAUCUGUUUUGUUGGGCACACUCUUCAUAUAAGAUGGUCUCAAAAAGCAACAUUGCUUCAUGUUUAGUUCCACCAAACUUUAGUCACCAAUUGACGUUGUGCAACUGACAGGUUUUUCAUUAAGUUAAUGUGUACAGUAGGUGCAGCACAUUUGUACAGUGUGAGUAACGCACAAUACUAGUGCAUUUAUAGUACAGAAUUAUGUUAAUGGGACUGACUGCAGUGAUCAAUCAAGGGUGGUGUAUUUAGAGUCUCUGGAUGAUUGCGUGGAUAUAUUGUAUUAUUUUUACACAUAAGACGCUGGGUUGUGAUUUUCUCUUCCUGCACACCACUGAAAGUGUUUCAUUAUCAGACAAACUUAACCUUGUGACACUAUUUUGUUUAGGCAAGGAGGGCAGGUGAGUUUUGUUACAGUGUUCCCUGUGCAGUAUGUUAAGGACAAAUAAAACAUCUGCUCGAAAA